ACACUUUAUAAUAUAGAUUUGAAUAAUUGAAUAUUUCUAUUUUCUAUACAGAAAUGGCAGUUGAUAGGACGAACAAGGGCAUUUUGGGAAUUUCAAUUAAUUUUAAAUUGUACCUCUUGCAUCCUGUAUACUUUGUAAAAUUGAAUCGUAUCCCUUACAAGUCUAAAAGUAGCAACACGUGUCAUCAGCAGCUCUCCAUCAGUUCAUGUAGACUAUUUUUCCAAAGAGAAUUGGGGGUUGUUAUCGUAACUACACCGUAUGUCUUCAACAUGGAAAAAUUUGUUCUUCUUGUUCAUAUAUUUCCAGGCCAAUCAAGAAUUCAUCAUUCAGUUCCAUCUUCACAUGAAAAUCAGACAAUUCCAAGACAACGUAGAAAAUUAUAAAUCUUUGGUAAGUUCAUUUUUUAUAGCUUAUUUAGUAUUCACAUUCUUCAGAUGUUGGUUCUGAUUUUGUCUUCCUUGGUUUGAAUAUAUCUUUGGAAUUGGAAACUUUGUUCACUUGGUAGAGAGAUUUUACAGUUUAACUGUACAAUUGAGACCACCAAAAUGAACAGAAGUAUUAAAGCUACUAAUCCUUAUUCCCUAAAAAUUAGUUGCAUUUUUAACAAACGACACAUCCCUCUAGACUUUAUAUCAGCAAUCCCAUUCCAUCCUGUGCAUAUCUCUAACUCAGCUCCACCAUUUCUCACUUUCACCAAGAUAACUGGAAUGGUUAACAAAAUCUAAUUUUAGUUAAAUACUUAAUAAGAUAAUUAAAAAAAAUUAUUAUGGUAUAAAUUUCUAGAAAAAUAUCAAUGGAACCGAGUCACUGACACCUAUCCGCCCACCACAAGAAGGCCUGUUUUUCUCCAUUAGAAAAACCAACCUAAAGUUUACUCUUGACGUUGCUUCUUAGUUCUCAGCCCAACAGCUUUGGAGUGUUGAGGAUGAAAAUGAUGGAUCUUAUCAAAAUAACAAGUUUGAGUUCGAAAUUUGGGAUUAAAUUUAAUUCCAUUUUUCAAUUAUAUGUGAUCCUAAGUAAGUUGAAGUUACUUUUAAGUGGUUAACUCUAACCUAAGUCACGUCGGAGAAAAUAAAUUUAUUUUCUUAGAGAUGUUUCAUAUCUUGCCUUUUUUAUGUUUAUAGACAAUUAAUAUGUUUUUAUAUUUGUGAUUGAAGAUAACACCAUCUUUGUACCCGCGUAAUAUAGGUCGAACUUGACCUUAUUCUAAAUCCAAUGAAUACAUCUUUUGUUUUAUCUCCUUAAAGUACUCUUUUUUGGACUUGAUUAUGUUGAGUUGAAAUAAUAGUAAUUCGAUCCAUCGAAACUGUGUAAAGUUUGGGAAAAAGAUAGUUGACCUCUGCUUGGAUUGCAUUGCGAAGCUUGCAGACCACUACACUAGAUCUUCAAGGUUUUCUUUUGUGAUGAUUGUCGGGAUUGAAUUGAUAUAGAAUCAUUCACUACUUUUUAUCGGAAAGUCGAAAAUAUUCGU